AUGGUCGCUACCUCUGGGUGCGAGACUGCCGGAGAUGACGAUAACAACUUGGAGGAGCAGUUAGCGGCCAGAGAUUACGAGUGGUCCUCCUCAGUGAUUGGCGAGACUCAGGCUCGGAGAAAAAAACUGGACAUCCCACUUGGAGACUGGAGCAGUAACUGUGCAACGACAUGCAAACCUUCCCAGAAGUUCAACUACGAGACUGGCAAGACCUACACCUAUGACUACGAUGUGCGGACAGAGACAGCCAUGGACGGAGCGUCCGAGAACAAGGCCCUGCUGGCCAUCAGAGGACGAGCCGACAUCGAGGUCAUAAGCCAGUGUGACCUCGUCCUAGUGCUCAGGGACAUGACCAUCUACGAAUCAAGCCCACUGCAGGAUGACCAGCUGGUUCCCGCCCCCCGCUCACAGGAGCUGCGACGGGUGCUGGAGGCAACUCCACUUCGCUUCUCUUACCAAGAUGGCGUUGUUGCCGAGUUGUGCCCUGACAACAGAGAGGAUGGCUGGGCGCUGAAUGUGAAGCGAGGUGUCUUGUCCGCCCUGCAGAACUCCAUGGAGAGACUCGAGGGCAGCGAGACUGUGCAGGAGGCUGACGUCACAGGUCGUUGUCAAGCCAAGUACGAGGUGACAAGCAACGGCUGGUACACCAUGUCCAUCAAGCGUUCGAAGGACCUCCUGGGCUGUACAGACCGCCACGACUACAUCGGCAGCAUCCAGACCACUCCUUAUCAGAUGGCUUCGGACCUGCAGUCCCUGCCGCUGAUGAAGAGCGAGCACCAGUGCACGCAGGAGGUGUCAAGCCGAAUCCUGAGGUCCAGCACGUGCGAUGAGACUCACACCUUCCGGCCUUUCUCCUCCAGAGCGGCGGCGCCCGCACGACCGUUACUCAGAGACUGA